GAGCAAAUUUGCUCCCAACAGGCACACGUUCAGAUAUGUGCAGGGACACAGUUUGAUGUGCCUGAAUUGUCUGUGCAGAAAAUUCAGGUGCAUUCAUUACAUGUGUAGCCAUGUCCACUGACUCCUUCCUUGUAGGCUACCAAAUAGCAAUUGUGGGAUCGUUCUCUAUCAUGUAGAGCCUCAGUUAGUUCAUGACAUUGAUAAGGUUUUAAUCUGUCACUGUUUAAGUCUAAGAUCAGAUCUCUGGAAGGGUGAGGAAGGGCACUAGGAGGCUUGUGGAGCAUAUCCGAGUAAAAGGAUACUGUGUCUGAAGGGGGCACAGGUUCCCUGACACCUGUAAUUAGAGUUAUUGUUUUGCAUUUCCUUAUUCAUUCUUGCAAUAUGUCCCUGUAAAAAUGUAACAUGGUGAGGAAUAUCACAGACCUUUAAACCCCCUUCUAAUAAAAAAAAUGGCAAAGCAAACUGCAAUGUUAUUCUGUUACUGUAUGUUUACUACACUGCAAUAGUCUUUGCCUCUUAUCUUUAGUUCCUUUUUGUAAGCAGGUGCUAACAAUAUACUUUCCUCAGUAAAGAAUGUUGCCCCCCAGCAUUAAUGUCUCUUAGUGACACAAAAGAGUUUAGAAAGCAAGAGAGGAAAAAUUAUAAGAAGCAUAACAUUUUUGUUGCACAAUUUUUUCAUGAUAAUGCAUUUUAAGAGCCCCUUGCUGAAAUGACUUUAAGUUUGUAUCUUUAACCCUACUCUGAAUCUCUAGGAGAUAUUGCCUUUUUCAAGAUAGUUGGAGUAAACAUGUUGAUUUUAAAACACUUACAAAUGUAGCUGUUUAGUUAGUAAAUUAGUCUCCAUAUUAACUACAGUGGUGUUACCACUAUAAUUACAAUGAAUUCUUCCUGUAGUUCUCUCAGGAUAAUUCUUUUCAUCAGUGCUGAGUUCUCUUCUAUAAAUAAAGAGCACAUACACUGUUUUGGCAUGAGCUGAACUCUUUAGGAAUUGUGUUAGACUAAAGAUAUAGUGCAUCUUGACACUAAGAGGGUCUAUAUUUUACAUAUGGUAAGUCCUGUGGAACUGUAUAUAAGUAUGCAUAUAUACAUGCAUCUGUAGGAAAACUGUCAUUUAAAACCUUCUCCUUCCAUUCUCCCACCCCCUGAGCUGGCUUGUAUUAAAUAUUAACAAACUUUCACCAAUGGUUCCCUUGGCCUCCUUUUAACAACAGAUGUUAUUACAACAACUUCUCUCCCUCCCCCGUUGCUUUUGUCCACACCACCAAAUGUGAAACCUCAGAAUCUUUUUCCGGUAACUCUGCCUUCACUGCCUCGCUGCUGCUUGUGCUGUGCAGUUUCUCCUCAUCUUUCUCACUCUGUCACCGGGACUGUUGAUGCUGCCUACCUGUGUUAGCCACUGCAGGCAACUUGCACUACUGCUCACCAAUCACCACAGAAUUAUCUUACAGGGCAGAGUGAAGAAGAAAAGGAGACAAGAGAGAGAGCUCUCACUGUGAGAGUAGAAGACAGAAGAAGAGGGAGUAAGAGGAGUGGUAAGGAUGGCCAAUGAGUCCAGCACACUGCCACGAGUCACCUUUCAGACUCCAGAGAAGCCCGAGGAGGAAUCCUCCCACAGGAAACUAGGCAAGCUAACUGUGAAGUACAACCGCAAGGACCUUCAGCGAUGGCGAGACUUGGAGGAAUGGAUCGAUGCCCAGUUGCAGGAGCUGUAUCAGUACCAGCUGCAGGAGGAGGCAGAAGCAGCCAUCCCUGAACCAGAAAUUGACAUUGAAGAUCUUCUGGAGGUCCCUAAUGAUGAACAGAAGUCAAAGCUCCAGGAAAUUCUUCAUGAGUGUUCGCGACCUACAGAGGACUUCAUUACUGAACUGCUGAGCCGAUUGAGAGGUCUCAGGAAAAUCCCUUCCCCGCAAAAGAAAUGAUUCCACCCACCUUGGGAAGCCUCUACCAUUGCUUCUAUGGAAACAUGCAUCUCCCCAGGAAAGAGAAUCAUGGGAAGAUUAUUUUUAGUUUCUUCUAGAAUAUGGUGUCACUAAGAAACACCUUACAUACUUUCUGCACCACGGGGGUUGAAGUACUUCUUUCCGUCCCCACUUCUGACUUAAAGUAAUUCGUCAAUAUUUAAAAAGCCAUGAAGUUUGGGGACAGGCCAAGAUUACCUUCAUGCUUCUCCUUUAAUUUCCUUUUCAAAGGAACCUCUGCUCCAGCUGAGCAGCACUGAACACAGCUCCAUCAUAACCCAUCAAGGCUGCUUAUUUCAUCCAGUGACUGAAAGGAAAAAUAUGUCGUUGGCUGUUAUCCACACUUCUGCUGAACUGCUCCUACUCCCUGCCUACUUGAGACAGAAACCAAGAUGUCUUUGUUAGUGCAUUGUACAGACUCCAAGACAGCACAUGGCCAGAAAGCUGCUUCCUGUAUGUUUCCAGUUAGUGUUUUUAUUCAUCAUCCUUCACUCAGUGCUCAUUGAAGCUUUUCUCUUAAUCCCACUGUGUGUCUAUCAUUAAUGAAUAUUUAAGAGAUGAGUGAAUGUAUGCAGCAGCCACUAAGGUUAAUGGAAAAUAGUCAGGCUUUAUUUUUGUUCUCUGUGGUGCAUGGGACUUCUGCAGAUACUACUGUCAGGAACAAAGGAGUUUAUCAAGGGUUUUCCCUGUCAUAACCAUUGGGAUAUUAUUAUUAUCCCAAAAACAUUUUGGAAAAU